UCCUCGCUGUCACACCUCUAGAUUUAAAUCAAGAGCAAUGUUACGACUACUUUUUAUCGUGGCUGUGGCUUUUACAGGUUUAUCUGAUGGAUUUGGUGUGUUACCAGAUGGUCCUCUAAAUGCCUCUGUUGGAGGGACAGCAAUGUUCAGAACAAACCUGAACCCAACAGAAACACCAUUUCUGUCGAUCAACUGGCACUAUGUUGUUGGUUCAGACACUAAGCCCAUGAUAACUUUACUGCCUGUUUCAAACAUUACUGCACCAGGAUAUGAAGGUAGGAUCACCCUCUUCAUAUCUACUGGAUCUCUAGAACUCAAGAAUCUGAAACUCAGUGAUAGUGGAGAGUACGUUGUCUUCAUUCAACCAGCUGAAGAGGACACAAAGACAGGACGCAUCACACUGGACAUAUAUGAACCAGUCUCCGAUGUAAGAAUCUCCUCACUAAGUACAGACCUGGUUGAGUUCAACAGUUCGGUCCAUCUCUCCUGCUCCUCCUCUGGAUCUUCUCUCUCCUUCAUCUGGAUGAACAGCAGCUCUGAUGUUACAGCUGGUGACAGAGUUCAGAUCACUGAUGGAGGAUCAAAUCUCACUAUAAUCAAUGUGACCAGAUAUGACCGGGGAUCAUACAGGUGUCGUGUGUCUAAUCCUGUCAGUUCUAUCAUCAGUGAUCCAGUAAACAUCUCUGUUAGUUAUGGUCCAGACAAUGUUCAAAUAGAAGUGCGUCCAUCAAAGGAACACCACAAGAAUGGGUCAGACAUUGGUCUAAUCUGCUCUGCUGACUCCACACCCUCUGCUGAAUUUCUGUGGUUUCUGAAUGGAGACCAGCUGUCAAAUACUCGACCAGAGCUCAGACUGAUGAACAUUCAGAUGACUCAGAGUGGAAAGUACAGCUGUCAGGCCUUUAACCCCAAAACUCUGAGAUAUCAAACAUCUCAGCCUAGUGUCAUCUCUGUACAAGAUAAUAAUAAACCCAGAGGUCUCUUGGGUGGGGCCAUUGCUGGAAUAGUAAUUGCAUGUUUAUUAGUUAUUGCUGCAGGAGCUGUCGGAGGAUACUUUAUCUAUAAAAGGAGAAACAAAGCUACACCACAUCCAAUCAGAAGAGAACAAGAUGUGUAUGUAAACAUGCCAGCAAUGAAAGGGAGGGAAGAUCUUGUUUAUGAGAACAUUGCAGAGAUACAGAGGAGUAAAGAAUAUGUCUAUGAGGAUAUGUCAAAGACAGAGAAGACAUGUUUAUGUGUGGGGGUCGACGUGUUACCCAAUGAUCAUCUGAAUGUAUCAGUUGGAGGGUCGGUGAUCUUCGUAACAAACUUGAAUCCAACAGAUGGACCGUUUCGGUUGGUGGCGUGGUAUUUUGGUACUGAUAACAAUCCUAUAGUAAGCUCACAGCCUACCGUAAACAUAACUGCACCAGAGUAUGAUGGCAGGAUAACUCUCUUUUCAUCUACUGGAUCUCUGGAGCUCAGGAACUUGAAACUCAGUGACAGUGGAGAGUACAGAGUUACCAUUAUAAGUACUGAAGGUCUGCAAAGGGCUGGAUUCACCAGACUGUACAUAUAUGAGCCAAUCCUAAAUGUAAAAGUUACUCCACAAAGUUCAAACUUGCUUGAGUUCAACAGCACAGUCAGCCUGUCCUGCUCCUCCUCUGGAUCCUCUCUCUCUUUCCUCUGGAUGAACAGCAGCUCUGAGGUUACAGCUGGUGAAAGAGUUCAGAUCACUGAUGGAGGAUCCACUCUGACUAUACUCAAUGUGACCCGAUAUGAUCAAGGACCAUACAUCUGUCAUGUGUUCAGUCCUGUCACCGAUGGCAGACGUGAUCCAGUAAUCCUCUUUAUCAGUUAUGGGCCAGAAAAUAUACAACUGAAGGUGUCACCAUCGAAAGAAUACUAUGAGGAAGGAUCAGACAUUACCCUGAUCUGUUCACCUGAGUCCAAACCUUCUGCUGAAUUUAUUUUGUUUCUCAACGGAGACCAGUUGCCUCAUACUGGACCACAGCUCAGACUGGUAAACAUUCAGCCGAAGCAAAGUGGAAGCUACAUCUGUCAGGCCUCUAACACCAAAACAUUAAGAUUUCAAACAUCCCAUCCAUCUACUGUUUCUGUACUUGCGCGUAUUUCCAGUCUUAAGGUUAAUUCAAACCCCACAGACCUGGUUGAGUUCAGCAGUUCUGUCAGCCUCUUCUGCUCUGCAACUGGAUUCUCCCCGUCUUUCUCCUGGAGGGGCAACAGCUCUGAGGUUACAGGGAGUGACAGACUUCAGAUCACUGACGGAGGAGCCACUCUGACUAUAGUCAAAGUGACCCGAUAUGACCAGGGAUUAUACAGAUGUUAUGUGUCUAAUUAUUUUAGCAGUGAUAGCAGUGGCCCUGUAAACCUCCCCAUCAACUAUGGCCCGGAAAACAUAGAGCUGACAAUAUCUCCACAUCAACAGCACUUUGUGGAAGGCUCAGACGUGCUCCUCUCAUGUUCAGCAGACUCCAGACCUGCUGCAAUAUUUCAGUGGUUUCUGAAUGGAGACCUGCUGCCCAAUUCAGGAGCAGAGCUCAAACUCAUCAAUGUUCAAAUGAGACAGGGUGGAAACUACAGCUGUCAGGCUUUUAACAACAAAACUGGGAUUUAUCAAACAUCACUGCCUUCCGCCAUCUCUGUAGUGGAACCUGGAGGCCUCUCAGGUGGAGCUAUUGCUGGAAUAAUAAUCACAUGUACUGGUGGAGCAGCUGGAAGCUACUUUAUUUAUAAAAGGAAAAAAAGUGUCAACACCAAACCUCACUCCAGCAAGACAGUGAACUCUCAUCCAGUACCAGGACCAAACCAAGACAAACUAAAAGAGCUGAAGAAGUGGGAACGACAACAGAAGGAGGAAUUGAAGAAAAUGUAUGGUGAAGAGGAAGAGAUAGUACAUUCACCCAUGUUGCUCCAGGAAAUGGAGGAGACUGAAGGACCAAAGGAGGGUCCCGUGGGCAGGCUGCCUACACUUCCUCGCCUAGUUCCGGGGGGCGCGUGCGUGUGGCCUGACUCAGGGCCUGACACACUACAUGCUACACCUCAGCCUGACACACACCAGUCUGCUACACCUCAGCCUGACACACACCAGUCUGCUACACCUCAGCCUGACACACACCAGUCUGCUACACCUAAGCCUGACACACACCAGUCUGCUACACCUAAGCCUGACACACACCAGCCUGCUACACCUCAGCCUGACACACACCAACCUGCUACACCUCAGCCUGACACACACCAACCUGCUACACCUCAGCCUGACACACACCAGUCUGCUACACCUCAGCCUGACACACACCAGUCUGCUACACCUAAGCCUGACACACACCAGUCUGCUACACCUCAGCCUGACACACACCAACCUGCUACACCUCAGCCUGACACACACCAGUCUGCUACACCUCAGCCUGACACACACCAACCUGCUACACCUCAGCCUGACACACACCAACCUGCUACACCUCAGCCUGACACACACCAACCUGCUACACCUCAGCCUGACACACACCAGUCUGCUACACCUCAGCCUGACACACACCAGUCUGCUACACCUAAGCCUGACACACACCAGUCUGCUACACCUCAGCCUGACACACACCAACCUGCUACACCUCAGCCUGACACACACCAGCCUGCUACACCUCAGCCUGACACACACCAACCUGCUACACCUAAGCCUGACACACACCAACCUGCUACACCUCAGCCUGACACACACCAGCCUGCUACACCUCAGCCUGACACACACCAGUCUGCUACACCUCAGCCUGACACACACCAGCCUGCUACACCUCAGCCUGACACACACCAGUCUGCUACACCUCAGCCUGACACACACCAGCCUGCUACACCUCAGCCUGACACACACCAGCCUGCUACACCUCAGCCUGAAACACACCAGCCUGCUACACCUCAGCCUGACACACACCAACCUGCUACACCUCAGCCUGACACACACCAACCUGCUACACCUCAGCCUGACACACACCAGUCUGCUACACCUCAGCCUGACACACACCAGUCUGCUACACCUCAGCCUGACACACACCAGUCUGCUACACCUCAGCCUGACACACACCAACCUGCUACACCUCAGCCUGACACACACCAACCUGCUACACCUCAGCCUGACACACACCAACCUGCUACACCUCAGCCUGACACACACCAACCUGCUACACCUCAGCCUGACACACACCAGUCUGCUACACCUCAGCCUGACACACACCAGCCUGCUACACCUCAGCCUGACACACUACAUGACACACCAGAGCCUGACUCCAGUUCCCCAGGGUUCCUGCCUGGGUCCAAGCCUCCGCCGCGGUCCUCGCCACGUCGCAGACCGCCUGACUCUUUGCUUCGUGGGUUCCUCUGGCCAUGCCGCCGGCCUCCUAGACUCUUGCAUCUCUGUCGCCACCGGCCUCCAGACAGCCUGCAUCUCCACUGCCGGCCUCAUAGACUUGGAUUUUCCCCUGAUUUCCUCUGGAUGAACAGCAGCUCUGAGGUUACAGUCAGUGACAGAGUUCAGAUCACUGAUGGAGGAUCCACUCUGACUAUAAUCAAUGUUACACGCUGUGAACUGGAGCUAAUGAGGCGUCGUGUGUUCAGUUACUUCAGUGAAGACUUCAAUGAUCCAAUUCAGAUUUGGGAGCACACUCAGCUGAUUCGCUACCCGGUGGCUGCAGAGAGGAAACUCCAUUGGACCAAGGAGGAGUUGACCAAGCCAAUCAGUGGAUGA